AUGAGCAGCAGGUUCUAUUUCGGGGGUUCAGACUCUGGCUCUGAUAUCGACGACAAUGAUGCCGCACUUCCUUUUCCCAAGCCGUUAGAUCGUUCUUCGUUCCUGGCCCCGGACUUCGAUGCGACCGCGUUUCUAUCAGGAUUGUCCAACCGCUUUCAGACCUUGGAAGACCUUCAGACAGAGUUACGUGAAUUGAGCCAGACAUUAAACAAGGAACUUGUCGAUCUGGUCAAUGACAACUACCAGGACUUUCUUUCACUCGGCAGCACAUUAUCUGGAGGAGAGGAUAAGAUUGAGGAAAUUCGACUGGGCCUACUGGGUUUUCAGCGAGAUGUUCAAGCAGUGAGGGACAAGGUUGAGGCUCGAAGAUAUGAGAUUGCAGAACUGUUGAAUCAGAAGAAGGCGCUGAAACGCGAGACUGGCGUGGGAAGGUCAUUGCUGGAGAUUGCAGAACGGCUCGAUCUGCUGGAAGAGAAGCUCAAACUCGCCAGGGGCAGGUCAGCGAAGUCAGAGAAGACUGACAUACAGGAGAUUGGGAAUGCACAAUGGAGAGAAGACUGGCUAGAAUCGGCGACCAAUGAACGCGCCGACGAGUACGAAGUGGACGACACCGGCGGAUUUCCACCAAAGCUGAGACGACGGAUCGAAGAAUAUCUUAUUGUGAAGCACCUUUCCAGCAGACACAGCCCUCGCCAUCCUUUCAUCCUCACACAAGAUUCACGGCUACGCAACAUCCAGGAGGUCUUGUUGUCAGACCUUGAGGCCGCAAUCAAGCGAGAGCCAGAGAUCAAGAUGAAGCAACAAUUGCUACAAAUCCGGGCGGCAGUCGAAGGCUGA